UUUUUUUUUAAGGCACGCGCGUGGUGUUGAGCUAAGCUAGCUAACCGUCACUAACGUCGGUUUGCUGUUUUUGAAAUUGUGUCUCGACAGUGACAACAGUGUGCAUUAGCGUUAGCUAGCUAAAACUAAAUCACUAGAACUUUACCAGCAUUGGCUAACUGACGUUACGUUCAAUGUGAAAAGUUUAGGCGGUCGGAAUAACUUCGGCCCCACCUCGGCUGUGUGGAUGUGGGGUAACGCUAGUUUAACGUGGUAAACCUGUGCUACCACCGUCUCCGUACGUGUAAGAAGACUGGGCAGGAUAGUCUGAAAUAAAACCGAUUGCCCACUGCAUCUGCUUUCAGCAAGAUCCGGGCAAGCUCUGUCAUCGUCUGUGACCAUAAAAUACAACAGACGCUAUAACAUUCAGUGCUCGAACUGUAUUGAUGAGAGGUGACAAAUCAUGGGAAGCUGGAAUUCAUGAAACUGCCAAAAUGUCUUCAUUCCAAGGACUCCCCACACAUGGGUCAGAUGUAACAAUUCUCAUAACAAGGGUUCACUUGCAUCCCCUCUGUGUACUUGUGGAGUUUUGGGGAGCAUUUUGCCAGGAGAAGAGAGCAGAUUAUGAGUGCCUUGCCAAAGACAUUCAAUUGCCUGGGAACACAUUUCAAGAGUUUGAAGGAAAUCCUGGCGAUCAGUGCUUGGUUCACAUUGAUGGUACUUGGCACAGGUCCCGCAUAGUCUCAAAAAAUGGCUCGAAAUACAGUGUGUUCCUUAUCGACAAAGGAAAGACAUGUAGUACCACCACAAGUAAGCUUGCCUGGGGUAAGAAGAAGGACUUCGACCUGCCACCUGAAGUGGAAUUUUGUGUGCUUGCCAAUGUGUUACCAGUCUCACCUGAAAACAUAUGGUCUCCUGUGGCUAUCGAAUUUCUGAAAUCUCUCUCCGGGAAGUCUGUGAAGGCACAUGUGCAAGAUGUACUGGUGGCACAAAGAACAAUUCUCCUGCACAUCCCUUGUAUAUCCAAACAAAUGUAUGAGAUGGGAAUUGCCAAGAAGCUGUCUCCAGUUGUGUUUCAUGACUUUGUUCUUAGGUCACUGCAGUCCAACAGCAGAGCUGAAGUGGCUCCAGAGACUCGGAUCUCCAUUGGAGCAGGUGAGCGACUUCAAAAGAAAGAGGUCUUUAUGUACCCUGAGCUGCCAACAGGAACUGUGGAGACCGUCAUAGUCACAGAAGUGACAAAUCCGCAGCGGAUCUUUUGUCAGUUGAAGGUCUUUUCACAGGAGUUGAAGAAACUCUCAGGGCAACUCACACAGUGCUGUGAGGGCAGAAUAACCAAUUGCAUUGUAAGUGCAGAAAUGAUUGGGUUUCCGUGUGCUGCAAGAGGAAGUGAUGGAAGGUGGUACCGCUCUGUUCUACAGCAGGUAUUCCCAACCAACAAUGUGGUGGAAGUGCUGCAUGUUGACUAUGGAACAAAAGCGCUUGUUCAAGUGGAGAGUGUAAGACCACUGGCUGCAGAGUUCUUUAGGAUGCCCGUUGUGACUUACAUCUGUUCCCUCCAUGGAAUCCUUGACAAAGGGGUUGGAUGGACUACUAGCCAGAUUGACCAUCUCAGGGCCCUUCUUCUGCAAAAGACAGUGAUUGCCAAAUUUGAGUACCAAAGCAUUUUUGAGGGCGUUCACUAUGUCACUCUUUAUGGGGAUGAAAACACAAACAUUAACAGCUUGUUUGGUUUCAAGGAGAGCCGUUUCCUGGAGGGUAAAAAAACUCAUGGAGGUUAUGCCACUGCAUACAGCCAACAGCGUUUGGCUCAGCCGGAGAAUGAAAAAACCCUUGGAGAUUAUGCCAUCCAUCCCACUGCAUACAGCCAUCAGCAUCCAGCUCAGCAAGAAGGAAAUCAAAGAAAGGUGUUAACUCCUGAAAAAGAUGCAGAGGAAAAAGAAGGGAAGGGAAUAGCGGGGGAGUUGCCAGCUGAAGACCUUGCUCUCAGUUCAUUGCAUGUGGCAGUUGUUCAGCACGUAUCUGACCCAUCAAAGUUUUGGAUCCAAACACAGACCUAUGCAAAUGAAUUGGAUCAACUGAUGGAUAGUAUGUACCACCUAUACAAAGAUUCAGUUACUACAAAUCUGGUGAGAAAUCCAACUAUUGGGCUCUACUGUGCUGCCAAGGCAGCCGAUGGUGAGUUCUACAGAGCAACUGUGAUGGAAGUUGGUGAGACAAAAGUCAAGGUGUUCUUUGUUGAUUAUGGAAACACUGAAGUGGUGGACUUGAAUAACGUCAAGACCCUUCUUGACGAGUUCAAAAAGCUGCCAUGUCUUGCGCUGAAAUGCACCCUGGCAGGUGUCAGGCCAAAAGAUGGCAGUUGGAAUCAAAGUGCCUGCGAGUUUUUCAUCAAAGCAGUUACAGGUAAAGAACUAACUGUACACGUGAUGGCAAAAUACAACAAACGGCAUGUUGUUCAACUAACAGACCCUCAAGCUCAGGGAGAAAAAGAUAUUGGUACACUGAUGUAUAGAUCUGACCUUGCUGAAAGGGCUGCAACACAGAGACAACCUAUAGCUCAAAUGACCAUGCAACAUCCUAUUCCACCACAACUCCCAGAUAAAAACACAGUUGGCCCUGCCAGUACUGAAAGAAUUCCUAUAUUCAAGGAGCACAUGUUUCCCAUCGGAAGUGUCCUUGAUGUCUGUGUGUCCUACAUCGAAAGCCCAAAUGACUUCUGGUGCCAACUAGUACAAAAUGCAGGGCACUUGAAAUUGCUUAUGCAAGAUAUACAGGCUCAUUAUGCAGGCACUGAGUUUCAGCCCUUUUUGGAAACCGCUUGUGUUGCUCGCCACCCUGAUAAUAGAAUGUGGUACAGGGCCCUUGUAAUUCACAAACAUGAAACGCCUGAUGUGGAUGUGUUGUUUGUUGACUACGGUCAGACGGAGAAAGUCACCCUCUCUGACCUGAGGAGGAUCAGCCCACAAUUCCUCGCUCUACAUGGCCAAGCUUUUCGUUGCAGUCUGUUAAACCCUAUUGACCCCACAUCUGCCAUAAAUGAGUGGAAUGAAGAAGCAAUAGCAAAGUUCCACAGCUUUGUGGAAACAGCGGCAUCCAACUUAGUUAGUUUAAAGGGCACCAUAUAUGCUGUCAUGUACAAUGAGCAGAAGAUUGUUUUCAACAUUGUGGAUCUAGAAACUCCCUUUGAGAGUCUCUGCACCUCUAUGGUCAAUGUAAUCAAAAGUGCACCUACAAAGAAAGCUGCGGGGCCAUCUUUCCGUCUGGACACAUAUUACUACUCAACACACGGCGUCAAAGUUGGAACCGAGGAACAGGUCACAGUGACAUGUGUGAACAAUGUUAAUCAGUUCUACUGCCAGCUCAAGAAGAAUGCUGAUGUGAUAAAAGAUCUAAAUGUCAAAGUGAGCAAUCUCUGUCAUCAGCUUGAAAAUGUAAAGCUCCCAACAGUCUUUGGAACUUUAUGCUUCGCAAAGUACACAGAUGGGCAAUGGUACAGGGGACAGAUCAAGGCCACAAAGCCAGCCAUUCUGGUUCACUUUGUGGAUUAUGGUGACACCAUUGAGGUGCAAAAAUCAGACAUGCUUCCAGUUCCCAGAGAAGCUAAUGACAUCAUAUCUGUGCCUGUGCAAGCAGUUGUGUGUAGUCUCUCUGAUGUCCCUGCCGAUGUUCCCAGGGAGACAAACAGCUGGUUUGAGACUAGUUGUACAGAAUGUACAUUUCAAGCACUAAUAGUGGCCCGAGAACCUGAUGGAAAACUGCUGGUUGAACUGUAUCAGGGAAACACCCAGGUUAAUUCAAAGAUCAAAAGGUUGUUUCAGAUCGAGAUGCACACAGAAGACAAUGUUGUCCACCAUGGUUGGAGAGCACUUGAGGCUCCAGCAAAUCAUACACAACAGACUCCAAAAGUUGUCCCACAGCAAACUAAACAAAUGGAAAAUCACACUCAAACUAUAAAGAAAAACGUCUCCGCCCCAAAACCAGUGCGUCAAAUGAGGGAUGCCGCCCUGAAUCGGCAGUCAAAACCAAAGCCUUUACGCAACGCUCCGUUAGAGCUGUACAGACCUCCACACCAUAGGCAGUCAUGUAGAGCGAUGCAAAUCAAUAAAGAAAAUGGUUCUGAGCCGACCAGUGCCUUUAUCACACCAGGAAAAGAAAGUCUUUCUACAAAAACACAGUCCAAAUCACCUGGCACAGAAUCCCAGACGGAAAGCAAUGCUGAAAAAUUCCCUAAACUUGCAGACCUGCCAUCAAAAUCUAUCACAUCAGACAUGGAAGCAGAGGUUUAUGUCUCGCACUGCAAUAGCCCUGUGAGUUUUUAUGUGCAACUUGUCAGAGAGGAGGAUGAAAUAGUUUCCCUUGUGGAAACUCUAAAUGAUCCCCAAUCCACCCCACAAACCAACAACAUCAAAGACUUGCAACCAGGUGACCUUGUUCAAGCAGAGUUUGCAGAUGAUUCCUCGUGGUAUCGAGCAGUUGUCAAAGAGAUCCACGGCAAAACGAUGGUUCUUGUUGAGUUUGUGGAUUUCGGAAAUACGGCAAAGAUGCCAAUUUCCAAGAUAGGCAGACUCCAGCCGACUUUCUUGCAACAUCCCAUGUACAGCACGCACUGUAUGCUGAGCGAGGCUGCAGGUCUGGGAGAAGAGGAAUUGCUUGACCCAAAAGUGGUGUCAGCUUUCAAAGAAGACGUCGGCGAUGGUGGAGAAAAGGGGCUUAAAUGCCAGUUCAUUAGGCUGUCAGGUUCUGUGUGGGAAGUCAGUCUCGAAGACAGCGGUGAGACUGUUAAGUGUAAAAUGCCUACUAAAUGCUCAACUAAUGGUUUUAAAACUGCCUCAGAAAAAUUUGAACAAGUUGAGGAAAAACCUGGCCAGAACUCUGACACCAAGAAUGUGCCAGAGAACUUAGAGACAGUGUUGCAUAACCCUUGCUCUAUGUGUUACCACCAACAAGAGUUUUUGGAGGGACAAAAGUUGGAGGUCUACAUCACAACUAUAAAUGAUGAUCAGACCUUUUGGUGUCAGCCUGCGGCCUCGGAAGAGCUUGAUAAGAUAACUUCAAGUGUCUCAGAAGUGGGAGAUGCAGUUGAUCCCAAACCUAUUGACCCAGGCUCUCUCUCCCCUGGCAGCCCAUGCAUUGCUCUCUUUUCAGAAGACGGUUUUUGGUACCGUGCAGAGGUCAUCGACAAUGAUGGAGAUAAGCUGUUUGUUCUCUUUGUAGACUAUGGAAACAAGUCCCAAGUCACUAUUACAAAUGUGAGAGAAAUUCCCCCGGAUUUACUGGAAAGUCCUCUACAGGCAUUUUUGUGCGAGCUUGAGGGCUUUGAUGCAUCACAUGGAUCCUGGGACGGUGGAGCAGUAGAUGAGUUGUCAGCACUCACAGCAGACAAAGUGUUACAGCUGACUGUCACUAGAGUAACAAGAGCAGAAGGAAAAACCAAAUGCCUGGUGCUGAUGGAAUGUGAGGGCCAGGUUCUAAAUGAAGCACUGAAAACCUGGUGGAAGAGCUCUACGAGGGAAAACGAAUCUGGUGCUGUUGGAUCGACCACUUCAUACAAAACCCCACUGCAGUGUGACUCAACUGUGGAAGAGACUGCACCAAACGAGGAUCAACUUGAGUGUCCCGAAGGCCAAGACAUGGAUACCGCUGAUGCUUUCUUCCCCCCUCAGGGAGACCACACUAAAGAACAGAGCACUGCCGAGUUUGCUGACACCCACACAGACGUUUUGCCAUGUGAAAGUGACAUAGAUGUAACCAUGUUACCUCCACUGACUGACAAAGGAGACCAAAGUAUUUUGAUCUUGAACUCUGACAAGAGUGCAGUGGAAUUGGAAAGAGGGAACAAAGAGAAGGACUUUUCACUGAUGGACAUUAUAGGGCCAGCUGACUUGAGUUCUCCAUUGGAUGAGUCUCUGCUUGAAGAGAGGAAUACCUACAGCGUGGAAAGCAGCUUGGACAUCACACAUUUUACUGAUCCGACUGAGGAAAAAUAUGACAGCGAGGUUACCAAAACAAAAGAUAAAUAUUCUACCAGUACAACAGCAAAAAUGGUUUCCCGUGAAGCUCUACGUCCCAGGGAGAGCAUUGAUCUGCCUGACACGUAUAACAUUUCUGAAGACUGGAAGCAGAAUCAGACUGCAUUGGUGCUGCCCUCCUGUGUGCUUCCUGCGUCGGAUGCUCCUACAGAGCAAGACAUUGACAGUUGCAAUGAUGUCCCGAAGGAAGAGCUGCCAUGUCUUACCACACAUGCUGAGAAUGACUUGAUGACUGCUGAGGAGACCUUGGUUCAUCACCAGGAUACAUACUCAGCCCUGCUAGCCGACUCUGACACAGCAGGCAGUGAGCCACAGACCUGCACAGCUCACACCCAAGAUUCGGUAAAAGAGGUUGAAGAGGGCCCGUGUGCAGUUGAGGUAGAGGUCUCGCGUGCUGUUGAAGAAGCGGUGACCUAUUCUGUUGUAGUCCCGUGCUCUGUUGAAGAAGAGGUCCCGUGCUCUGUUGAAGAAGAGGUCCCGUGCUCUGUUGAAGAAGAGGUCCCGUGCUCGGUUGAAGAAGCGGUCACCUGUUCUGUUGAAGUAAUCAUGUGUGCAGUUGAAGACUUCCUGUGUGCAGUUAAAGAAGAUGUCCUGUGUGCAGUUGAAGAAGCAGUGACCUGUGCUGUUGAAGAAGCGGUCCCGUGCUCUUUUGAAGAGGCCUGUUUGACAGACAUCUGCACAGAUCCAAAGGACCCAAGUGGUGAUGACAAAUUCACCCGUGCCAGAUAUCUCACCAGUACGACAGUAGACAAAAUGGUCCAAAAUGAAUCCUCGCCGCUUCCUUGUAGCGUGCAUCUUCGUGACCAAAGAGUUGAAGCUCCCUCAGAGAAAGAAAUGGGAGGCUUGUCUCUACAGGAUAAUGCCAAACAAAACAAGAAUAAUUCUGACACUGAAGACGAGACCUCAUCCCUUCAUGAAGAUACCUCAUCUUAUCACAAACGUUUUGCGCCGCCGUCUUACACUGAGCCACAGGCCUACACAGUUGCCUGUCCAGAUUUGAGUCGCCUGGUUGAAGAGGUAACCUGUCUCGUCGGAGAGAUCUGUCUGACAGACGUCUGCAGAGACUCAAGACAUGAAGGUAGAAGGGAGGAGAGCGAGCACCUGGUGCAUACACCCCCCGCUGAAAAUGAGGAUUUCAGCGGCAGUGUGCUUGAGGAAGAAAUAUCUUCUGCUGAUAACAGUUUUGAGGCCCAGCUGUCAAAGAUAACUCACCUCUCUCUUAUAAUAAAUGAUGACUCGGCUGAUAUUGUGCUGGUGCAGCAGCAGCCAGAGGAGUAACCACCCUCUGACUCCCUUCACCCCCACACCCUUCAAUUUCCUUUUUUUUCAGCAUCCUUCUAUCAACUGCACAUGUCUUAAGUUACAACAGGUUCAAGUUCUGUUUUUUUUCUCUGUUGUGUGUUCUGUAAGUGCUCAAUGGCAGUUUUAAUUUGUUAGAUGACCCGGCAGGUCAUCAAGUGCCUUUUGUACAGUACUAGCUGUAAUAGCUGUAGUUUGUCAGUAUCUGUGUGCUUGCCCCGUGUUCUGUUCUGUUCUGAUGAACUGCCACAUAAUUCUUUGGAAAGCACUAUUUUUUGUUUAAAAAGCUAUGAAUGGCAGAUUUAAAGGGUUGUCUGGUGAAAUGCAGUUUGCGGUAUUUUGUGUGGAUACAUGCAUGCCUUUAAGAAAUAUUUGUUGGCACAAUAAAUAUUCCAUAUUUGUGGA